GGUGCAGGAGAAAUUGGGAGGCCAGCAGUCCCAUGAGGCAUGGAGGAGAAUUCAAAUGUGUGACCUGUUCUGAAGACGUUGCUCCCUCCACAUUUAUCACAUCCCGUUACACCCAAUAAGGCACCUCCCCGGCACGCUAAUAGAUUUGAUUUCACUCUGCCGUCUCUGCUGUCUGGGCAAGAGCCGGAUGAUCUCUGAUCCCAGAGCAGCGACCGAUCCAGAAACCCCAGUCGGGCUCAUCAGAGCCGGGCCCUUCCCUUCUGAUGCUUGAUCCCUGGUUAAUCAGGGGUGGCAAGAAGGGAAUACCCUGUGUCUGCUCGCCCUCGGCCGGGGUUUCGGAAGCAGGGAGAACCUUGAGCGGAUGCUGGUUUGCCUGUAACUGAAGCCAGAGGACCGGGGGGUAUCAGGUGAGGGAGGAAGAGGAGGGCGAAGAGAGACAGUCCAGACUCCGAUCAGAGCUCUUUAAUCAGCAGCUCCUCUGACCAUACAGUUGGCAAGGACCUACAGGCUGUGACGACAGGUCAAAGGCAGGAUGUCCUGGCGUGCUCAAGCCUGGUGGUCUCCUUGAGGUCUUGGUGGGGGAGUGCUCACCUUGGGGUACAGCUCUCACCCUGAACCCCCCCCGACGUUGAAGUUCUGAGUGGGCCGAGUCCAACUUUUUGCCCCAGGAAUCUAUUGCGGGAAAGAGGAGAUCGGCUGCGGGGGGUGAGAGGACGCGAGAGAGUAACUCCCUCUUCCCCGCAGUCCUACCUCCCGCCCUGACGGCCUGCAAGCCAGCCCAUUAAAGGGUUAACCAUAAUCGGAUGCCUGCAUGGCUGCCUUACUGAUGCCUCGGAGGAACAAAGGGAUGAGGACUCGACUGGGUUGCUUGUCUCACAAAUCAGAUUCGUGCAGUGAUUUCACGGCUAUUCUCCCAGACAAGCCCAACAGGGCUCUAAAAAGGCUGUCCACAGAAGAGGCCACGCGGUGGGCAGAUUCCUUCGACGUCCUCCUCUCCCAUAAGUAUGGGGUGGCGGCGUUCCGCGCCUUCCUGAAGACAGAGUUCAGCGAGGAGAACCUGGAGUUUUGGCUGGCGUGUGAGGAGUUCAAGAAGACCCGCUCGAAUACCAAGAUGGUCUCCAAGGCCCACAGGAUCUUCGAGGAGUUUGUCGACGCGCAGGCUCCUCGGGAGGUGAACAUCGACUUCCAGACCAGGGAGGUCACGAGGAAGAACAUGCAGGAACCAUCCUUGUCCUGCUUUGACCAGGCCCAAGGGAAAGUGCACAGCCUCAUGGAGAAGGACUCUUACCCCAGGUUCCUACGAUCCAAAUUGUACACAGACCUGCUGACGCAGAGCCAGAGGAGGCUCAGCUAGAGCCGAGGCAGGGUCCCUCGGGAACGGCGGGCUUCCCCCCCACCCCCCGCCCCCAGCUGCCCCAAACCAUCUUCAUCGGCGUCUCAGAGCAGUCGAGGGUGGGGGUGGGGAGAGGCUGCAGUAGGGGAGAGAUCGGUGGGAUCCAGCUGGGACAGUAGGGACUCUUUCCCAUUUGCCUGGUCGUGUGUGUGUUUUGGUUUGUGGUAGCAUUUACAGCUGUCACCCUGCUGGGGGGGACAGCAGCUUGCCCCCAUAAUGCAAUGGGUCAACUGCCCAGAGAAGGCAGGUUGGCUCCGCUGGGCUAAUCUGUAAAUAACGCAAAUGCAGUUCUCCCGCUGGUUCCCUCACUCUCCCUCCCUCCAGACCCAAGCUGCUCAGAGAGGAGAGGCCAGGACAGCCGUGGGGAGCGGGGCGUGGAUGUGACUGGCCAUGCCGAGGCUGGGGUCCCGGGAACCUGGGCCUCCUUAUGCCAGAGAGGGGGACUGAGCCUGGCCUGUUAGUAACCCACAGGAAGCCACUAAAUCAUCAGGUUUGGCGUUUUCUGCCAUUUCCACCGCUGGGGAAAGGGCAGGGCCAGCAUGUGGGGCUGGAGGACAUGAGGGAAGGUGAGCAGUCUGAGAAGCUUUAUCCUAAAUGAUCAAGCUGAUGACACUCCCCAUCCCCCAUCAGCUCCCUUCCCCAAUAUUCCCAGGAAGAAGCCUGAGGCAGACAGGGUUGGGCCCACUGAAGCGGAGCUGUGUCCAGAGGGGCUUCCCUGCAUGGGUGUUUUCUAAUCAUUUUGACCUGGAAGAGGAAAUUAAGGGUAAGCAUCCCUCUAGAACAUCAGCAAGGGAGCAACUUGAAAGCCCCUGCUUUCAGGCCUGCCUUCAAGUUACUGAAAGUUUCCAAGCCCCCAACCCCCUGCUUAAAAUUUCUUUAUCUCUAACCCAAGUGGACCGGCCACUGGAGUGGGCAGCGGGAUAACUGGGGAUGAGGGUAUAUUUCCCCAGAGUUACCCAGCUCACUGAGAAGAAGUUAGAUUCACUGGCACAGUGUCUAAUCUCUGCCACUACCCCUUUCUGUGCCUCUCCUGGCCUGGACCAGCGACUACAAUGUUUCCCGGGGGAGGGGUGGACCACAGUGAAAAGCUUUAUCCAGUGUGGGCCUAGGAUAUAACCCUCAUCUGUCCUGAAAAAUUCCAGUAACAGAGAUGUCCCAGGAAUAGCUGGCAGGCCUUCCCUGCGGUGCUGUACCUGAGGUUCAAGGUGGAGGGCAGGAAUUCAAGGAGGUCCAGGAGGAAAGUGUGGGGGUCAUAUAGGACGGGGCGAGGAUUGUGCUGGGAGAUGAUUGCAGAGUGCACUGCUGCAGCUCUGUAAGAUGUUCGGGAAAUGCUAGCAAGCAGGAUGUGUGAUCAUGAGUUGCCUACUCUGUGCUUCCUACCCGGACCAACUGGCCAUAGGUCAGAGAUGGUGGGCCGGGAGACCAGGAGGGAAUCUGACAGCUGCUUGGUCUCCCCGAAUCUCAGAAUUUCCCAAGGGAUUCGUUGCUGAAUGGGUCUGAUGUGGCAGUGAGCCCUGCCUGUCACCAGGGCCCUGGAAAUAAUACUACUACAAAUAAUAGUUAUGGUAUUUGUUAAGCGCUUACUAUGUGCCAGGCACUGUACUAAGCACUGGGGUGGGUACAAGCAAA